UACCGCCAUUUUCGUUGCGGCGGCCGUUGGUUUUGUCGCCAGUGGAAAAUGCCUUCGAUAACGUAGCGCCUCCAGAAGUUAUGGUCCGAGUGUGUGGAAAUGUGGAUGUAAGAUAAGCGCAGAAUCAUCAUGUAUAUCAGACAGAUCAUUAUUCAAGGAUUUAAGAGUUAUCGGGAACAGACUGUCAUUGAUCCUUUUGACCCUCGGCACAAUGUAGUGGUUGGUCGAAAUGGUUCUGGCAAGAGUAACUUCUUCUAUGCUAUCCAGUUUGUACUCAGCGAUGAGUUCAACCACCUCCGAGCAGAGCAACGGCAGGCCCUCCUCCAUGAGGGUACGGGCCCACGCGUUAUAUCUGCCUUUGUUGAGAUUAUCUUUGAUAAUGCUGAUGGCAGAAUACCUAUUGACAAGAACGAGGUAUGUUUGCGUCGCGUUAUUGGUGCCAAAAAAGAUCAGUACUUUCUUAACAGAAAAGCAGUUACAAAGCUUGAUGUGAUGAAUCUCUUGGAAUCUGCAGGAUUCUCUCGAUCGAACCCAUAUUACAUCGUCAAACAGGGUAAGAUCAACCAAAUGGCAACAGCCCCUGACUCCCAAAGAUUAAAACUCCUAAGGGAAGUUGCUGGUACACGAGUGUACGAUGAAAGAAGAGAGGAAUCCAAAGUAAUUCUAAAAGAAACCCAAAGUAAGAGAGAAAAAAUUGAGGAGUUCCUGCGGACAAUAGAAGACAGACUACAGACUCUGGAAGAGGAGAAAGAAGAAUUGAAAGAGUACCAGAAGUAUGACAAAAUGCGUAGAGCACUGGAAUACACAAUUCAUGAUCGUGAGCUGAAAGAAACUAGAAAAAAAUUGACUGAUAUGGAGAACCAGCGCAAAAACUCAGGAGCUGAGCAAGAACAAUUCCGGCAGCAGCUACAGAAGGCCCAGGAAUCAAUCAAGACUUACUCAAAAGAAAUGAAAGAUGUUAAAUCCAAACUGUCUCAGGUAAAAGAAGAGAGAGACACGUACAAUAUGGAACAGCAACAACUUUUGAAAGAGAAAACAAAACUGGAGUUCACAAUAAAGGACUUGGCAGAUGAAGUUCAAGGAGACAACAAAUCAAAGGAGAGGGCAGAGAAGGAAUUAUUGAAGCUGAGAAGUACAAUCUCCCAGAAGGAAGCCGAGCUGGAAGCCAUCAGACCCCAAUAUGAAGAAAUGAAGGCUCGAGAAGAUGAGGCACAACAUGAGCUGUCCAUGAAAGAUCAGAAACGGAAGGAGCUGUAUGCUAAGCAGGGUCGAGGAAGCCAGUUCACCUCCAAGGAACAGCGGGACCAGUGGAUCCAGAAGGAAUUAAGAUCGAUAGAACGCGCGAUGGGUGAAAAAAAGGACCAAAUCAGGCGGCUUGAUGAAGAGAUAAAUCGAGAUGGGGAACGGAACAAAGAAUUAGAGAAACGAUUACAGGAGCUCUCCACAGACACAGAAAACUACAGACAGAGUAUUGAUGAGCACAACAAAGUCUUUUAUGAAAUGAAGAAGCGAAAAGACCAAUUACAGAGUGAACGGAAUGAACACUGGCGUAAAGAGAACAACCUGCAACAGAAUGUGAGCUCACUCAAGGAUGAACUCUCCAGAGCAGACCAGUCAUUGCGUUCCAUGGCUGGCAAGCCAAUCCUCAAUGGUCGUGAUAGUGUUCAGAAAGUGUUGGAUACAUUCCGAGAUCGUGGGGGUCACUUGGGAGAAAUUGCUACCCAGUAUUAUGGACUUCUUAUUGAGAAUUUUGAAUGUGAGCGAUCCAUCUAUACUGCUGUGGAAGUUACUGCUGGUAAUAAACUUUUUCAUCACAUUGUAGAGUCUGACAAGAUUGGUACUCAGAUCCUGAAGGAGAUGAACAAACAAAAGUUGCCUGGGGAGGUAACUUUCAUGCCUCUCAACAGACUCACUGUAAAAGACAUUGAUUAUCCCCAAACCAAUGAUGCCAUCCCAAUGGUGAGCAAGCUGACUUACUCACAGCGCUACCAUAAAGCUCUCAAGUAUAUUUUUGGGCGUACCUUGAUAUGUCGUAAUUUAGAGGUGGCAACUCAUCUUGCUCGUUCAACAAGACUUGAUUGUGUCACUCUUGAUGGAGAUCAAGUAUCAAGUAAAGGCUCACUGACUGGUGGAUACUUCAACACCUCACGUUCACGCCUUGAGAUCCAGAAGACCAGGUCUGAACUGCGAGACCAAAUCACUACAGCAGAGACUGAGCUAAGAACAUUACAAGACACCCUGAGAAACACAGAACAAGAAAUAAACAAGAUUGUAUCUGAAAUGCAGAAGACAGAGAUCAAGAACAGUAAAGCCAAAAACUUGUUUGAGAAAGUAAAAACAGACAUUCGACUAAUGAAAGAGGAACAGUCAGGACUUGAACGCACCAAGCAGCCAAAGGAGCGAUCACUAACACAAUUAAAAGCAAACCUGGAAGCCAUGAUGGCUACCAAAGAAGGUCUUGAGUCUGAGCUUCACCAGGACCUCAUGGCUACCCUUAGUGUUCAGGACCAACAUGAAGUUGAUCAGUUGAAUGAUGACAUCAGACGGCUCACUCAAGAAAACAAGGAAGCUUUCACAAGACGCAUGAAGUUGGAGGCAGAUAAGAACAAGCUGGAGAAUCUUCUUACAAAUAAUCUUCAUCGAAGAAAAGAUGAACUUAUGCAGGCCUUGCAAGAAAUAUCGGUAGAAGACCGUAAGCGCCAGUUAGAGCACAGUCAAAGUGAGAUACAGAGAGUUGAUGCCCGGAUUGAUGAAGUGGCUAUACAGUACAAAGAUGUAGAGAAGAAAGUCUCAGAACAUCAGAAGAAAGAAAAGAGUUUGAAGUCUGAAUUAGAGAAGGUUAAGACAAAGGAGAAGGAAGUAAUGGAAAGAAUGGAGGAAGAUGCCAAGGACUUGGAGAAAAUGGCAUCAAAACAAAAUCUUUUGCAUCAGAAGAUUGAUGAAUGCACCAAGAAGAUUCGUGAUCUGGGGUCUUUACCCUCUGAGGCCUUUGAUAAAUAUCAGAAUCUACCAACCAAACAGCUUUUUAAGAAAUUGGAAGGUUCCAACAUGGAGCUGAAGAAAUACUCCCAUGUGAAUAAAAAAGCCUUGGACCAGUUCAUAUCUUUCUCCGAGCAAAAGGAGAAGUUGGUGAUGAGAAAAGAGGAGUUAGAUAGAGGAUAUGAUAAGAUUAAAGAACUUAUGAACGUCCUAGAACACCGCAAAUAUGAAGCCAUUCAGUUCACCUUCAAGCAAGUAUCUAAGUAUUUCAGUGAGGUGUUCAAGAAGCUGGCACCUCAAGGGCAUGCUCAACUGGUAAUGAAAUCUGACAGGGAUGAUGAAAGUGAGCAUGAAGAACAGGGAACAGUGGACAACUUUACUGGAGUUGGUAUUCGUGUGUCAUUCACUGGCAGAAAUGCUGAAAUGAGGGAAAUGAACCAGCUGUCAGGAGGUCAGAAGUCUUUGGUGGCUCUCGCCCUCAUCUUUGCUAUUCAAAAGUGUGAUCCAGCUCCAUUCUACCUCUUUGAUGAAAUUGAUCAGGCCCUUGAUGCUCAACACAGAAAGGCUGUAGCAGAUAUGAUUCAUGAACUGAGUAAAGAUGCCCAGUUCAUCACAACCACUUUCAGACCAGAGCUGCUGGAACAUGCUAACAAGUUCUAUGGUGUAAAAUUUAGAAACAAAGUGUCCCAUGUGGAAUGUGUGUCAAGAGAAGAAGCUUAUGACUUUGUUGAAGAUGAUCAGACUCAUGGUUAAACUGUAGUGGUUGUGUUUGUUAUGGCUGUGCAGUGUGUGUGUGUUCUCCGAGAAUUUUCAAGAGCGAACACUGACUAGCCCCUAGUGAAUAUUCCCUAUGACAUCCAGAUUAUAUUUUUUAGAUUAUAUGAGGAGAACUUUUAUGCAAGGCAUGUACAGAUUUUUUUAUGUGAAAUGAUUGGUAAAGUAUGAAUAUGUGAUUGUAUGAAAAGAUAAGUGGAAAUGUGAUGUUAUUGAUGUGUAUAUAUUUAUUUUCUCCACAGGCAUUGUGUGCUUGUGUAUUGAAAACGGAUGUUGUAUCUGUACAAAAAGAUAUAUUCAUACAAAAUUAGCUUAUUUUCUAAUGUGCAUAAAUGUGAAGGGACCUGAGGUACCAUAAUAUUCUAUAAAAGAAAGCGCUUUUGUUGACAGGGUUUUUUAUUAAAACAAUUUCUUGUUUUAUUUUACAUUUGUAAUUGAUAUUAAUUUUUUAUAUAAUUUUUUCAGUUUCAUUUUAUGUUUGUAAAAGAGGCAUUUUUUUAAGCAAUCUUCAGUUUUAUUCAACAUUUGCAAAUUUUGUAUUAAUUUUAAACUUAUAUUCUCUGCAGUUCUUGAUAUACUGUAAUUGUGAUUUCAGUUCAUGUAAAUGGCCAAAUCCUCCAAGGAAACUGGUUUAUACAAAGUGCUCUUUUUUAUUUCUUUUAUAAUAAAAGAUAAAGCUUAAAACAUCCAUUAUUUUCCUGUAAAACUACAAAUACAGUAUAAUCUUUGAACACAACUUACUAUUACCAAUGAAUUAUUUUAUACUGGUGUGGUGCAGUAUGGCUAGAACAUACAGUAUUUUCCAUCAGGUUUAUCCUGGUAACGUAAAGUUAACAGUAGAUUCCUGUGUGAUUAUGACACAAGUACUACACUAUGACACUAGUACUACAUUUUAUGACAUUAGUACUACAGUAUGACACUAGUAAUACACUUUUACACUAAUACUACAUUUUAUGACACUAGUACUACAUUAUGACACGAGUACUACAUUAUGACACGAGUACUACAGUAUGACACUAGUACUACACUUUGACACCUAAUACUCUUUUAAGACUAUUAAUACAUCUACUGAUGCUAUGAUGGAAAUUGUUGGGGUUUGAAUGCUGCCAGCAGCCUGUGAUUGAUGGUCUUGUAGUAUACAAUUUCCAUGGCUGGAUGAAGUGUACUUGUAUCCUCUACAUUUUUUGUUCGUUGAUUAUUAUUUUUUUGUGUGGUGUGGGAGGGGGGGCGUCCAAGCACCUUAGAAACCCCCUGGUAGGGCUAAGACUAAUUAAACUAGCACCAAGUACAGUUCCACUUCAGACUAGUGCCAUAGUCAGAUAAUAAUUAUUUUUGAAAAAUAAGUACAGGGUAUAUCAACAUUCACGCCCUAUGGCAAUGUUUGUCAUUGACGUCACAAUUGUGGCUUGAGUUGGGUAACCACCUGGUAGCGGUGAGGAGGACAAAGCACUGUUUAACUGUUACCCUUGAUAAUAAAAUCAAAGAACUAC